AUGAUUUCUGAAUCGAAGGAAGAACGUUAUUUUUAUUUUAAUAGUUUAGCUAUUUUAUUAAAAGCUGUUGAAAAUGUACGUACAACUAUAGAUCUUCGAAACGAAGCAUCAGUUUAUGGUAUAGUAGAACAUGCAGAUGCCUACAUGAAUAUUGUAAUGAAAGAUUGCAUCUUCAUAGAUCCUAGAGGUGAUUCGUACAAUUACGAUAUGUUCUUCGUACAAGCAAGAAAUAUCCGAUUCGUUCAUAUUCCACCAAAAAUGUGAUACAUCCCUGAUCAACGUCAUCGGGUGGCUAACUUCUAAUUUGGCAUACAGGUGGCGCUGAACCACCAAUCGUGGUGUCGUGGUGG